CUAUGUUUUCUAUAUUUUUAUUCUGCAUUUUAUUCUGAAGGCUUCAGUCUGAAGUCUUGAUUCAUGUUUUUCUCAGUGUGUGUAUUUCAAACCACAUAAUUACUGGAUGCAAAGACAAACACGACAAAAGGAGAAUGAAGUUCAUUUAAACGUCGGUUCAUCAGAGUUGGUAAACACCGGGUCACUGUGAGGGGUCACGACCCAGAGGUUGAGGAACUCUGGAUUUAUUUGAUUUGAUUCUGACUUUUCAAGAUAAAACAUUCACACUUCUUUCAAUUUUGAGUUUCGAACAAACGCUUAUUAUUUAGCAAUAAAACGGCGAAACUCUGCUUCUUGUGGGGCACCAGAGGGGGAAUCAGGGAUCAAUACCCCAAAUGCAAGUAGGUCCAGCAGUCCGGUAGCAGGUAUCAUACAGGUAAUAGGUUACAAACAGGGGCGGGUUGACAGUGGCGUGUGGGUAGGGAGGAAGCGCCGUGAGCCGCAAGGUUGGUGGUUCGAGCUCCGGCUGCCCCGUGUCCCAUGUGGAAGUGUCCCUGAGUAAGACACCUGACCCCUAAUUGCUCCCCGGGCCAAAAUGUAAAAAGUCAUGUGUUAAAUUGUGAUGUAAGUCGCUUUUGGAUAAAAGCGUCAGCUAAAUGACCUGUAAUGUAGAUGAGUAACAAUGAGGUAACAGACACAAGUAUCAGACCGGUAUUGGAGGUCAAAGAACUGCAACGUUGUGGUGGUGGUGAGGAGGAGCGUCGAAGGGCAGCAGGUGAGUGAAUGAACUGUUGGUUACAAACCGUUCAUUGAAAGCUCUGAACGAGACCCUGCGUUGCUCUGCGUUCCUCAUGUUUUCUUGUUUAUCUGUUAUAUUUUUUUGAAUAACACACAAACUGGAAUCUUUCAGGUCUUUGUUUUUUAAAUGUGCAUUCUGUGAAAUGUGCGGCACAAAUGAAGAUGGUCAUUUUCAUGAUGGUUUGUUAUUACACGCCUCCGUGUGAUCGCACCCGAUGCACGAACAGCUGCGCUGCUGAUGUCAUCGUGGUGCGUUCGGGGUCUAAAUGUGGAGAUUUCUCCCAGAAGGCCUCUGUUCAAGCUGGGUGAGCACCAGCAGCUGGCGUGUCGGGUCCGGGAUUGUCCCACAACGCCGAGCAUUUCCUGGUCCGUGCCGGAGGACCGGCCUCUGAGGGCCUCAGCCAGCCCCAACAGGACUUGUUCUGUGAUGACCUUUGACCCCGUAGCGAUGGAAGACGAAGGAUCUCUGCUGUGUAAAGUCGUCUGUGGGGAAGAGAAGAAGCAGAUCAGGACAUUAGUGCGGGUUUAUUCCUUCCCAUCAGCCCCUCGGAUCCGAGGCCAGGACCACCUGCGUCUGGGGGCGGAGUCCACCCUCACCUGCCGGGUGUCUGAUCUCCACCCAGCUGAGAAGCUGACCCUCAACUGGCUCCGAGGGGACGCCGUCCUGCAGAGCGCGACGGGGGAUUCUGGAUCUGACUCGGUCUGGUCUGAAUACAGAUUCACCCCCCUGAAGUUGGACCCGGAAGGAAACAUCAGCUGCAGCGCCACGAUGGACCUGCAGGACCUGCCAGAUGAGGACAGGAACAAAGAGACCACUGUCCCAAUAAACCCCCUCUAUGCUCCUGUCGUCAAGGCGACGCCCUCCUCGGAGUCGGCGAUGGCCGGCUCUUCGCUCAACCUCACCUGCGUUACGGAGGGAAACCCAGAGCCAACCGUGACCUGGAGCUUCAGGCCGCCGGGCGGUGGGUCUGAGGGGAGGGGUGGAGGCCGGCAGCUGGUCCUGGCGCCGGUGACCCUGUCCGACGCCGGGCGGUACGCCUGCGAGGCCCGCAACUCGGAGGGCAGCCAGACGGCUGAGGUGGAGGUCACCGUUCACGCUCCGCCCACCAACACCUCCCUCUCUGUGAGUCCAGGCGGGGAGGUGACGGAGGGUCAGCAGGUGACGUUGACCUGCCGCUCAGACGGAGUCCCGCCCGCCACGCUGGUCCUGAGGAGAGAGGGGGCGGAGCUUAAGAGGACUGACCCCGCCUCCUCAUCGCUCUCAUUCAGGCUCUCGUCCGCCCAGGUAGGAGACUCCGCCCACUAUCAGUGUGAAGCCUCCAACCAGCACGGAUCCCAACUGGUCAACAGCUCCGUCGCCGUCGCAGCUCACCCUCUGCGGGUGGAGGUGAGUUCUUCGGCCUCACUAGCGGAGAAGGGUUCAGUUCUGGUCCUGACCUGCAAAGCCUCCGGAUGUCUCCGCCCGCCCGUCUUCGCCUGGAGGACGGACCGGGACCGGAUCGUCCUCGGGGGGGCGGAGCAGAUUGGACAGUCUGUGCUUCGCUUGGAGGACCUGCAGCUGACGGAUGAGGGAGGAUACACCUGUGAGGCCGAAUGUGACUCCGUCAGCAGGGCCGCUACCACCCAGGUGCACGUCUACGCGUUCCCGUCCGAGCCGGUUCUGGAGGACCCUGGUCCCGUCCUCCUAGGUCAGGCGGCAGUGCACCGCUGCAACGUCAGCGGCGUCUUCUGGGCCAAUCAGAUGAAGAUCUUGUGGCUGCUGGGGAACACAACGCUGAUGUCUGAGUCCUUUGCGUCCUCCGGCUCCCUACAGAACAUCUCGUCUGUCCUUCAGCUGGAGGUCAAUGGGGACCAGCCAGAUCUGACCUGCAGGGCUGAGCUGCUGAUGGAAGACGGAAAACUGUGGAGGUCCAGGAGGACCAGCGUCCCCCUGCACGUCCAUUAUCCUCCCAGGGGAACCUCACUCUCAGUGAGUCCAGGUGAGGAGGUGAUGGAGGGUCAGAAGGUGACGUUGACCUGCCGCUCAGACGGGGCCCCGCCCACCACGCUGGUGCUGAGGAGAGAGGGGGCGGAGCUGAAGAAGACUGACCCCGCCUCCUCCUCGCUUUCCUUCAGCUUGUCUUCCGCCCAGUUGGAAGACUCCGCCCACUAUCAGUGUGAAGCUUCCAACCAGCACGGAUCCCAACUGGUCAGCGGCUCCGUCACCGUCUCAGCUCCUCCGAGAAACACCACAGUCCUCGUCCUGCCGUCGACGGUGGUCCAGGAGGGACAAAACGUCACCAUCUGCUGCCAGACCGUCAGCUUCCCGCUGUCCGCCGUGGCCCUGAAGAAGCUGACCGACGGGAUGGAGCUGCACUCGGCCAACGGGACAUUCCUAUUGGUCAACGUCACGGCCAGAGACUCCGGGCAGUAUCAGGUCAACGUGACAAACGACCUCGGAUACCAGGUCAAAGUCUUCAGCAUCAUCGUCAGAGAGCGAAGCACCAGUCUCCAUCCGAGUCUCGGUGCCGUCCUCGUCCCGGUCGCCUGCGCCGCCGCCGGGUUGGCGGUGGCCGCUCUGCUCCUCGACUACCUGAGAAGAUCCAGGAAGAAAGGUUUCUACCAUCUGCCCCAGUCCCCCCCUAAAGCCUGAGGCUGACACGUGGCUACGACCUCCUAACACGGGCCUUCCAAGUCCCGCCGUGCAGCGAGUCCCAACUGACCGACAUCGGGGAGAACGUUACGCUUUGUAUUUCUUGUUAGAUAUCGAAGAAAAGACUUCUAUUGGCCCUGAACCGGUGGCGAGGAGGAGCAGCAAUGCGUGGUCUCCUGACAUUAACGUAAACACGAGGAGCAGAGCGCGAGUGCCGUGUGUGUCUCUCUCUCAUCCACAUCCGAUCAGCCCGCUUGGCACUUCUGCUUUGCCCUCUGACCUCUCAGCUCCCUAAAUGAGCACCGGGAAAAACGCUUUGGAUUAUCAGGUCACAACACGCCGCUAACAUCUUCCAGCUUGUGUCAUGACUAGAACUUUGCAAGAUGGGAUUUCAACGCACGACCUCCAAGUCUCAAUAUGUGUCCUUCUCCUCUUAAACAUCUACAUGUUGCUGCUUAUUCUGAACAGCUGUUUUUAAUAUAAUAUGAUUUUAAUAUCUGAACGUGUGGCUACAAAUACAGUGUCUGGCUACCAGUGGUGUCAAGAAACAAA